UUGUCAUUUGUUUUUUGUUUUGGUUUUUUUUGAUUGAUCAAUUUUGAUUGUGAAAAAUUGAAUGAAUUAAAGUGAAUGAAAAAGAAUAAUUGAUUGAUUGUUGAAGUUGGAUCAUAGAUGAUGAACAGAAAAGAUGAGUUCACCUAGAGUCAGACCAAAAUCAGAUAUGGAUAUUGAAAAACAUCGUGAAGAAGGUAAUUGGCAACAAUGUUUAAAACUAGCACAACAAAGUACCGACCAUAAAGAAUUGCAAAAUUUUCUUACUGGCGAAGCGAAAUUGGAAAUUUUUUUGGAAGAAAUCGCCAAAAAGAAUGGCGGUGAUUCAAGAACUCGGCACAAUGAUGAAAUCGAUUCGACCGUAUUGGAUGAAGCGAAAAGUUUCCUUAAAAAAUGUAUCGAAGGUAAUGAUGAAACACCGUUGAUGAUGGAUGCAAAUCUUUUGCUGGCCAAAGCUUAUUAUAUAUCGGGUGAUUAUAAUGAAGCAUUGAAUUAUAUUCAUCAUUCUGGUAUCGAUUCCAUUCUGGAUGUUGAUCGAAAUCUACCGCUUCGUGUAAUCAAAUUGAUUGCCGAAUCAUUUACAGUAAAAGGAUUAUCACUGGAAAAAAUUUCCAAUCCAAAGCCAUUAAAAUAUAUUGAUCAAGUUUACGACCUAGCCGAUAGUUACGCAGCCAAAUCAUCCGCCGAUAAAGAAUGGCCAACAAAACUUCGAAAACAAACAACAUUCGAAGAUAGAGAUUGUUAUCGAACACAAAUCGAUUGUUUACAAAAAUCAUCAAUAUUGGCCAUGAGAUAUGUACAUGGUAUUACUCAACUUCGUGGUCCGUAUUUGAUUGUCAAUUUGGGUUGUAUUCUGGAAAGUGCAUUGUUGAAAACACAUCAUAUAUUCAUUAAAAAUGGCCAAACACAAGGAGCUGUCGAUUAUUGUCGUCGAAUUCUAAAUGUUUGUGAAACAAAUUCAACAAUCAAUAUUCGACAAUUAUUAUCCAAAGAAUUGGCCGAAAUUCUAAUCAAAGGAAUGUGUCGUAGUGUAUGGAAGAAACCUGAACACCAUCUUAAACAACAGACAAAUCCUCCAAUUUAUUUUGGCAAUUCGUUAUUUCUGCCGCAAGAUUAUGAAGAAGAAGUAAUGUUAUUAUUAAUGUUAAGCGAAGCAUUGGCAUCAUUACAUGUUCUACUGGAACGUAGUCCAGAUUUUCAUGAAAGUCGUGUGCAAUCAUUGAAUAAAGUAUUAUUAAUACAGGAUUUAUUUACCAUGUUUUUGGUACCACUUCAAUGUUAUUAUGUUGAUAUCUAUGAACGUUCAAUGAAAUAUAGUUAUGAAGUAAAACAUGUUUGGUAUCAAUUUGCAUUGACAUUAAUGGAAUCGAAAAAAUGUCCCCUUCGAAGUUUUCUAUUAUUCAAAGAAGUUAUACGAAUGGAUCAACAAGAUCCAAUUCCCGGUUUGUUUGCAGCAAAAUUAUGUCUAACUGAAUUGAAACGUUUUGAGGAUGCCAUAGAAAUUCUUGAAGAUUCCUUGAAUCGUUAUCAAAAAUUGAUUGAAAAUCAUAAAAAGCCAAGUAUAACAAGUAGUGUGGAUUUAGCCAUUGACCAAUCAUCAUCAUCGCACGAAUCAUCAGCAUUAAUCAAUCAUAUUGAUGAAAUUUAUGGUGAACAAAAUGUUUUACAUUCUAUUCAUCUUCUGUUGGGUAUUGCCAAUGCUUUACUAUAUGAAUCCGAUACAGAAACAUCGAAAAAAUUUCGAAAAAAAUAUCUAACCAAUUCGGUUGCACAUUUGAAUGAUUCAAUUGAACAAGAUGUCUAUGGUAAUGACUAUCUACCAUAUUUCCAUCUAGCACUUCAUCUAGCUCAUCAACGUGCAUUGAACGAUGCAAUCAAAUAUGUUCGGGUUGCGUUAUUGUUGAAUGUUCAUCAUUUACCAUCCAUACAAUUAUUAAUCCUGUGUUUGACCGGUCUCAAGCAAUAUGAUGAAGCAUAUGAACUAUGUUUGAAUGCAUUACAAGAAUAUGAAUCACAUUUAAUUCUGUUGUACAUGAAAGCUCAUCUGGAAAGAAUUGUUUGUGAAAAUGGUCAUGAAUUGGCAUUGUUAACGGCAAAAGAAAUGCUUAAACAAUGGCGUUUGGUUAGUGGUGAGGAUAAUCGUCGUCUAAGUCCACGUGCAUCAUAUUGUUCCUUCAUACCGACUAUUAAUUAUGAUACAAUGUCAUUACGAAUGGAACAAACAUUGAGCGAAGUUAUAUCAUUAGAAUCGGCUCCAAUUGGCAAUAGUAAUUCGGCAGCAAAUGUCCAUCAUCAACCACACGAUUUAUCGUUUGGUCAAUCAGAUCGUUUGUAUCUAAGUCAAGCAAGCAGUGUUAAUGGAUCGAAUCUAGUAUUGAACGAUAAUACAAGACCCUGUUCGCAGGCAUUCGAAAUGCAAAUAUGGUUGUUGAUUGUUGAGUUAUUUCUUCAAUUAGAUCAGAUUAACGAAGCCGAAACCUGCGUAAAUGAUGGUGCUGUAGCUGUAUUUGGUCAAUUAUCACAUCAGCUAAUGUAUAUAAAAGGUGUGAUUAGUAAAAAACGUGGCCAUUAUUAUGAUGCAAAGAUACAUUUCCAUAAUGCAAUAUCGAUCAAUCCAAAGCAUUCGCGAGCACUGCAACAACUUGGUCAUACUUAUCACAUGUUGGGUAAUCAAAUUAUUGCGGAAAAAUAUCUAAAAGAUUCCUUGAAUAUUGAUUCAACAUGUCAUGAAACAUGGUGCUAUCUGGGUCGUGCACUUGAUUCAAUCAAUGAACAUGAACGCGCUAUUGAAUGCCACCUGACAUCGAUUCGUUUGGAACAAUCUUCACCAUUGCUUCCAUUUUCAAUUAUUCCUCGUUGUGUUUUAGAAUAAUGUUUUGUUUGUGAAAUUCUGAAACAUUAAUUGUUUGUUUGUUUGUUACUAAUUUUCAAAUUU